AAUAAUGUCAAAUGUUAUUCAUGUCAAACACAAUGUCAGAAGUUGAAGUGAGAACACUGAAUAAACCAAACCGAUCACCAAAGCAAAUCUUAUUCUUUAAAACGAUUUCUAACAAACAAUAGUUUUUUGUAAUUUCAGUGAUUUUUCAGUUGUAAUAUAAAAAUUCCUAUGUUUUAGCUAAACGGAGAAAGUAAUUGUCGCAAGCUUUGGUGCAGUGUUCUGUUUUGCUUUUGUGUCAUUCUUAAAUUCAUGAUCACAACUGCCCCGAUGCCUGUAAGCAUCAAAACCCUCGGGACAACAUGUAUGACAUGUUGUCAGAAUUUAGAGUAUCAGAGUUUGAUUCAUUUGUGGAUAUAUUGAGAUUGUCUCCUCGUGACGCUCUAGACACAUUUGGCGAGAUGUGGUACCCAGUGUUUUUGUGGUCUCUAUGCUCAUCCGUAUUCGUACACACCUGUGCUGCACUCGUUGCUUUUGGCACAUUAAGAAAGCAUAAAUAUGGAAAGUUUUUCCCUGUGUUACUUAUAGUGAUGGGUGUGGUGAGUCCGGUGACCUCAGGUGUAGCAAGCAGUGCAGCAAUUGCCUUUAUUUAUCGUGCAGCAGACUUAGCCAUGCCCCCCAUACACGCCAUGAUAUGGGGCAUAGGACAGACUAUACUUGGUGCUGGUAUUGGCUUCACAAGGAUUUUAGCUACACUGUAAUAUUCUACAUAUAUGAAAAUGUGAGAGUAAUAAUGGAUAGAAACGAAGAAGUAUGAAACUACAGUAAUGUCAAUUA